CGGAGCAGUCACACAUCGCAUCUACUCUGUCACGCGACGCAUCGAAAGCGAAAACAAAAAAAAAUGUAUCGAAUACUCGCGAUCGUCAUUUUUUCUACCGUCGAAUGCGCGAACUAUCAGCGAUACGGCGAAACGACAGGGAAGUACCCAGCGUAUUCCACUAUAUCCAAUUUAUACGAACAGUUCCCGUACAAGGCUAACUACGGGAGUGAGUCAAACUUCCCCGAGGUGACCAGGUACCCUAACUAUAGUCCUGGAUAUUCGACGCCUAGCUACAACACUUAUAAUACAGGAAACAAUGGGAAUACAAACAGUUAUUAUAAUAAGCCAGGGUACGGAGUUAGCACGCCAGGGUACGGUCAAGAGUAUGGAGGAUACAGUUCAUAUGAGAUGCCGUUUAUGAAGGACAUAAGAGACUACUGCGUGAACAGGUCUCCCCAGACCGGGAUCCUGGUGGACAAUCUGAUGGGGAUUUGGUAUGGAGUGGAGUUCGUGCAGCAUCUAGCAGGGGACUCUAGGGUGGAUUACACGAAGACCUGCAUCGUGAUACACAUUUCAGAGCCUAUGGAACACCCUUCAACUGAGAACCAGUUGUUCCACGUCCAGCACAUAAACGCCAGGUUCCGCCAGCAGUUCAGGCACCUCCGACUUCUGUGGGACGAGGCGGGACAGACCAUCGAAUACGCGCUGUAUUUCAAGAAUGACUCUGCUGGGUACUGGCAAGUCUACGAUGGACAGAACGGAACUUUAACCAGCAGAUCGAACUACCAGCAGUUCAGCGGUACUAUCCAAGUCCUGAAGGCUGUGCAUGGCCACUUGGUCCUCAGCUUCUGCCAAGAGGCCAGCAACGGGCGACCAGCCCAGCUGUACUCCGUACUCUUCUCCCGAGACCCUGUUACCUUGGCCAGGUGGGAAAUCGAAUCUAUCCACACCAUACUUCAAAACAAAAAACUGUCGGUGGCUUCUAGAAGAAUGGUGUGUGGAAACAGCGCAGACAAACCCAUACAAAGCAUUAUGGUCAUCUCAGUCCUAUCUUGCCUCCUCGCUUAUGUUAUCGGUUCGUCAUAAUAUUCUAAGAAUCACCAAUUAAAACGACGAUCUCCAAAUUGCGAAACGUCUAUUUUUAGAAUUAAGUACCUACAUUAAAAACUGAAAGCGACUUAUCGUAAUGUAUUAUUUUAUUGUCUGUUAUUUUGUAAAUGUUGAUUUUAUAUUGAGUGACUCAUCUGGGCGAAUGUUUGUGUGAACUGAUAUUGUUAUUAUUAUUAAAUUACUGAUUUUAACGUUUUAUUAUGUCGAUGUGAAUAGGUAUUUUGCUCUUAAAGUGUCCUUACUUCUAAUAACUGUAGGUAGAGUCAGUAAUUUGGAUUUGAUUGUACGAAAAUAAGCAGGUAUGAGUAUAUUUCAUUGUAAUACACAAUAUCCAAGUAAAAUAGAGUUCUUUGACUCGGUUUGCGACCAACGUCUUGUUUGCAGAAAUAAUUCGUAUGUACUAACAAAGAACUAUGACGGAUGAUGAAAGACCACAUUAUGGGCUUGUUGUGUAAAUGUGACGAAAAAGAAACGAGUCAAACUAAACAUGGAAA